GGAGCGGCCCAAGAAAUGGCAAAAAGACAAAAAAAAAAAAAAAAAAAAGAUGAGGAGGGAGAUUCCAAGCAGAAUACUUCAGUAGAAGUGGCAGCACAUGUCAGGGUUCCCAGUGUGCAUCCUUCCACCCAGAAGGCUAACAACUGUGACGUGCGUGACCCAUUCUUUAAAGACAUUCUGCAUUUGCAUGAACAUCAGGAAACACAUGCUGAGGAGACUCCCUACACAUGUGUAGCAUGUGGUGUAGGUUGCACACGGCUUUGGUUCAGUGCAAACCUUCACCAACAUCAGAAGGAGCACAGUGGAGAAAAGCCCUUCAGAAGGUACAAGGACAGGGACUUACUUGUGGAGAGCUCAAAGGUCUGCCUGUCAGAGAAGCCGUUCACCUUUGGGUUAUGUGGUAAGGAUGUCUUGGACAGCAAUGACCUCCUCCAGAAGCCCAAAGCUGAUGGCAGUGGGAAGCCACGUAGCAGCACAAAGUGCAAGGAGGCCUUACCACACUGUUCCAAUCAUGGACAGCUCCCAGAAGUCCAUAGCUCACAGAAGCCCUUCAAGUGCAGUGGCUGUGGAAAAGCCUUCCAGAAGGGUUCCAUCUUGCUCAGCCACCUGAGAACUAACUCUGAAGAGAUAGUUAGACACCCAAGAAUUGGAAAUUCCUUAGAGGAGAAAUCAACCCUAGUUAAUGACCAAAAAUUUCACACUGGAGAAACAUCUCAUGUAUGUAAGGAGUGUGGGUAGGCCUUUAGUCACCCAUCUAAACUGAGGAAGCAUCAGAAAUUUUACAGUGGAGUAAAACAGGAGUGCAGCAACUGUGGGAAAACCUUCAGCCACAAACUCAUACUUGUUCAUCACCAUAGAAUUCACACAGGAGAAAGGCCUUACAAGUGCAAUGAACGCGGGAAAGCUUUCAAUAACAGGUCACACCUCACUUGGCAUGAGAAAGUUCACACUGGAGAAAGACCUUUUGAGUGUGGCAAAUGUGGAAGAGCCUUCAGCCAAAGCUCCAAUUUCCUUUGGCACCAGAAAGUUCACAACCAAGUAAGACCUUAUGCAUGCAAUGAAUGCAGUAAAACCUUCAGCCACAGCUCUGCUCUCAUUCAGCACUGGAGAGUUCACACAAGAGAAAGGCCUUAUGAGUGUAAUGCAUGUGGGAAAUUCUUCAGCCAAAACUCCAUUCUCAUUAAACAUCAGAAACUUCACACUGGAGAAAAGCCUUAUAAGUGCACUGAAUGUGGAAAAUUCUUUAGCCACAAGUCCAGCCUCAUUUAUCACUGGAGAAUUCACACUGGGAAAAGGCCUUAUGAGUGCAGUGAAUGUGGGAGAGCCUUCAGCAAUAACUCUCACCUAGUUAGUCACCAGAGAGUUCACACACAAGAAGGGCCUCAUGAGUGCAGCCAAUGUGGAAAAGCCUUCAGUGAAAGAUCCACACUUGUUUGAUACCAGAUAGUUCACACUAGAGAGAGGACUUACGAGUGCAGUAGCUGUGGGGAAAUCUUCAGCUGCCUCUGCAAGCUUGCUCAGCAUAAAAAGAUUCAUACCUGAGUAAAACUUUAUGAAAAUAGUAUUUGCGAGAAAAUCUUCAGCCACGUCAAACUUAAUGCAGCAGCAUAUCCACAGGGAAAUUACCUGGAGUUCCCACUGUGGUGCAACAAGAUCAGUGGCAGUCUCUGAAAUUCUGGGAUGCCAGUUUGGUCCCCAGCCUGGCCUAGUGGAUUAAGGAUACAGUAUUGCCACAGGUCUGGUGUAGGUCACAACUGCAACUCAGAUUGAUCCCUGGCCUGGGAAACACAUGUGCCCCAAGGUGGCCAAAAAAAAAAAAAAAAAAAAAAAAAAGUGUAAUUACUUACAUGUGUUGGUACUGUGGAAGAGCCUUCAGAAGCAACUCUGCCCUUUCUAAACAGCAUAGGAACCUAGCCAUACUGUCUCCCCUCUACAGCAUAAACCUCUUUCCAGCUGACUGGAUCCACAUAUUAGCAUCAGUAAUCUACAUAUACGUGGAGAAAACACCUCCCUGUGCCUCCCUUCUUUCCUGGAGGGAACUGGGAUUGUCCUAGGCUUAUUGGCAUGGCUUCAUUCCCAUUGCCUCUGAGAGGGUUAGGGAGUGAAGUGACCCCAGGUUGGUUGAGAGACCUGGAGGGAUAUCCAAUUUGGUCUUUGGAAGAUGCACAUUCCUCAUGGAUGUAGUUAAGUCUGCAUAUAAUCCCAGGGAUGUGUCCAAUGAGCCCAUGAAUCAUCCACUCCUGGAACCACCCACCUUGGUCUGCCUUUUACUGUGUAAUAAUAAAGACUAGUGGCCAAAUCACCUUUAAUUCUGCAAGUUGUGAUGGGUCUGGUUGAGAACAGAACUGGGUAGCGUGCAGGAUGGCUGGCAGGGGGCACCCAACAGCAUAUGCCUUGGAUAAUGGAGAGUAGGAAUGGAAAGAGUUGCUCACUGUCCUCUUGUGUCCUACUUUGAACUGCUGUCUGAAAGACCUGGAGAAACCGAAGGAAGGGCGAACACAGUUACCUGAGAACCCAGGACUCUCCCAGAGGAAGAAUGAUGUUAGUCUUCAACACAAGAAUGGUCUGUGGAAUCAGCAUUUCCAGGGGAAAGUAAGGGUUUCCCUUUUGUACUUUGCUGGUUGUGUUCUUUGAUGUGCAAAAGCUUUAAAUUCUGAUGAAGUCU